AUGGAGCGACUGACCAAGGGCUGGGUUCACCACUUACGCAAGACGGCCCAGCGGGAGGACGCUGCCAGGGGCAGCUGUCCCGUCUGCGGGGCCGACAUCCAGCCCGACCUCGAUUCUUUCAAAGCCCACGUCCGCGCAGACGCCCCUGGCCAUCCCACGCUUGCUGAUGACGCCGACAUCGAGAAGGCCUUUAAAAACAUUACCAUCAACAAUACCCAACCGCACCCUGCAGCCCGGCCCCCCGAGGCCACCGGCCACCGCAGACGAACCGGAAAGCGACCUGUCCCCGGCACUCCGGCUGUCGUGGACCGUGCCGACGGGCUGGAUAGGUAUGAGGGUCCCGAGGGCCGAUCCGAGGGCUUCCAUCGUCGUAGCAACAAGAAGCUCUGCUCGCCGCCAGCCUCAGUGGCCCAGCUGCGUGGCUCCUCCCCACCCACGACUGACUGGAGCCACGCGAGGUCGAGUGAGUCGAGUGACAACCGCAGCUUCGCACCCAAGCAUGACCGUCCAACCACUCGUCACCUCUACAAUCCUGAGGAGGACGCACGACCAAAGAUGCCACAGGCCGGGCCAUCUCAGCUCGCCUCCAUCCACUCACGACGCUCCCGCCAGAAGGGGGCCCAGCGAGGCCCCCAAGGGGACCCCGGCUCGCCCAUGGAGCCCCCUUCGGUCAUGGAGAUGAUAAGGCAACCAGAGACAAGGCCUAUCUCCCCCGAGCAACUAGUCGCCGAGGUCAAGGGCAUCUACGCAGGCCUAGUCAUGAUUGAGUCUAAGUGCAUCGAGUAUGAUAGCACGCAAGAGACGAAGCAACUCAGCGAAGAACAAUAUCAGGCUCUCAUCGCCUUACAUAGAUCAGUACUCCACGAGCAUCACGACUUCUUCCUGGCCAGCCAGCAUCCGUUUGCUAGCGAAGCCUUACGGCGGCUCGCCUCGAAAUACGCCAUGCCGGCGAGGAUGUGGCGCCAUGGCAUCCAUACCUUCUUGGAACUUCUUCGUCAUAAGCUCCCCGACGCCCUAGAGCACAUACUGACCUUUAUUUACAUCGCGUAUAGCAUGAUGGCAUUGUUAUACGAAACAGUGCCGGCCUUUGAAGAUACAUGGAUAGAAUGCCUCGGCGAUCUCGGUAGGUAUCGAAUGGCUAUCGAAGAUGAUGAUAUUCGGGACAGAGAGACGUGGACAGGCGUUUCGAGGUAUUGGUACAGCAAGGCUUCAGACAAGUCCUCCACAACUGGCCGCCUCUACCAUCACCUUGCAAUUUUGGCGCGGCCAAAUGCGCUACAGCAGUUAUACUUCUAUACCAAGUCGCUUUGCGUGCCCGUUCCGUUCCCUAGCACGCGCGAAAGCGUUAUGACGCUCUUUGAUCCUCUUUUAAACGGUUCGCCCCAACGGCUUAACGCCGUAGAUGCCGCGUUUGUGCGCGUGCACGGCAUCCUCUUCUCUGGAAAAGUAAAGGAACAGCUGGAAGGCUCGAUGGAUGAGUUCUUGAGUCUUCUUGACGACAGCAUUCACUCGAAUUGGCUAGAAGUGGGGUACUACAUGGGCAUCUCUCUCUGCUGCUUGCUAUUGGGUUUUGGCACGGACUCGAGUGUCUUGAUGCAAGCACUAACAAGGCAGCAAGACAAUGAGGAGGAGGAUGACGAGUCGGUGACGGAGCCCGACUCGGACCUCGACGAGAACUUUGAGCAGGCUCUGCCGUUCGCGGUGGCUAUUUACGAGAUUGUGCUCCGGAGGUGGGGAGACAAGAAUACGCUGAGCUUCAUACAUACGACACUAGUCUUCAUGCUUCGGAUGUCCCAACUUCCAGCAGCCAUGUCGCACCUCGAGGACCGAUACCCCUGGAAGCUUACUUCCCUGAUGCUCAAUUACCUGCUCAAGACAAUAAAGAAAGAGCCAAGGAUCGACACGGAGGAUUUCCCCGGCCAGGAAGAGAAGAGUCAAGAACCCGUUCCCUUGCCGGAGGACUACGCGCUGCGCGGGCUGCUCUUCGCCGAGGAUUUCUUCCCGAAGGGCUGGUUCGAUAACGAGAAGCUAGACGAAACGGACCGCUACCUAGAGGCGGCUUCCAAAACUUUGGACCGACAGGAGCGUAUUCUCUGGAUCGGGCGUAGGAUCGCCGACUCAGGCAGGUGGUUGACAUGGGAUGACAAGGCGCGUCGGUUCGGCGUGGAUUCGAAGUAUGAUUUUGAGCUGGAGGGGUUGCCUAGUGACAAUCAGGACGCGGCCAGCGUCACGGCCGUCGACCCUGGACCCGCGCCAGUAGAGAUGGACAUAGACGACGAAAGGGCCACCUAG